AUGGCAGAUUCUCAUGACAGCAGCUCUACUACCGAUUUCAAAGUAGAGCUAACCAGCGCCCUUGAAGCUGUCCCGUUGAACAAUAUCGACUCACCUAAAAACCCCAAUCGUCUCGAAGACGCAAUCCAGAAAUGGCUAUCUAUUGAGCCUGACACUCCUUUACUCUAUGUACUUCAAGAUUCAUCUACCCCUGACGAUAUAUCUUUAAAUGGCUUGGCACCCGCCGACUUAACCCGUUUCUGCUGUUUACGAAGUCUCGAAUCUCAGUGUCACUUUUAUGUCUUCAUCAGCCAAGUGGAGAAGAGAGAGAUAGGCACAGAAAUUGAUACCAUGUACCGGGCAUUUGAAGAGAAGGAUGAAAGCGGGGAUGAAGAUACCUCUGCAGAAGUGGAGGAAGGCCCGGAUAUUGAUAUUAUAGAAUGGGCUGUACAGUUAGCCCUCGAUGUCGAUGGUAAUCGAAAGCUCCCUACUUUGGACAUAAAACCCGAAUCAAUUCUCCGAGAUGAUGUUCUUAGUGACCGCGAGCCCGAUGAGGAAGACGGUCUUCCUGAAGGCUAUGAUGAACCUGUUCACCCUGAUAUUAGCUCUAUUGAUGGUCCCCAAACUAGGACGACUACCUAUAUUCUCAACAAUUUCUUGCAAGCUAGUGAUAUCGAAUCCAUAUCCUAUAUCCUAGAAUCUUUCUCGUCGAGAUGCAAUAACCCGGCAAGCGACGACAUGCAUUUCGAAACGCUGUUUAACCUGUGCGACCAUUUCUUCUCCCGGUGGAAAGCGAAGAAGCAUCUUGGGGAACUCCUUGAAUCUACCAUUGCCAAGAUCCUUGAAGUCGCGGUUCUCUUCCGGGAUCGCGACCUUUUUGAACUGACUUGCAGUAAUAUCAACGGCCACCUGUCGCCUUAUUUCUUCUCCGUUAUACCUGUCAUAAUACCUAAAGAGCUACGAGAACUCGUCCCGGGCAUCCUAGACAAAAUGGUUGAACUAUGCUAUACUUCUACAUUCUAUGAGCAGGAUGGAGAAACUCUAGUUCUUAUUGCCUGUACCCAUCGGGAUUAUGGAUGGCUCUUAGACAAGCUGUGCCCUCUGGUCUCUAAAAGGCGCGAUGAUAUUGCCUUCGUAUUGUGGUUCAGUUGGCAACUACAUGUCAGUGUUUCCCAGGGUCGAUUGGAUAUGUCCGACUCUUUUGGGUUUGUGAAAGAGACCCUGAAGGAUCUGAUCGCACGAUUUGACGUUACUCGCCUUAUAAGUGAACAAGGAUUCCAACGUUGGCAACAACAAAGAGUACCUCAUAGAAGCCAUAUACCGCCCAGUGGGAACGCAACUCUACCGCCGCCGCCUCCUCCACCAGUUACUAGUAACACAUUACUUAAUUCGUGUCGACUUCUAUUAGACCUCGGAAUGGAAGCUGACUUGCGCGAGCUGGGGACGAAGUUGAUAGAACAAAGCGAAAGAAUUGAUUUGCUCGAAUUUUUCGACCUUUACGUCCCCUUUGUUGGCAGGUUUAUGGAUCUUCUAGCAAGUCGAUCGGUCUCGAUUUUGGAUCCCUUAUUCUCGGCAUUAAUACGGGCUGUCAUCCAGGCAUUCUGGACUCGAUACGUUGUCAUGGAAGAGCCCAUUCCCACUCAGAAUGAACGAAGACAGGCUUCUAAUGGAAGGCUUGUUAAGUCCUGCUGGGUUAAGCGAUUAGAGCAUGCUAGGCAUCUAUUUGCAACUCUCAACCAAAGGAGUCUGCUGCUGGUGUUGGGGAGAGAUUAUUACAACAUCACCGGAAACGCACCACCUUACUCCGAAAACCAGCAAGCAGAAGUGAUAAUAAUUGACCCCCCAAGUAGCACGCCGAUGCAAUCGUCAACGUAUAAUACGCCCAUAUCCCAGGUAGCACCGUCGUAUUCUGUCCCGAAAACUCCUGUUGCGGACCACUGUACCCAAACACAAAAAUUCCAGACAUAUCGCAGCCAAGAGCCACAAUAUAUAUUCGCUUCAGGGACAUGUUAUUCGCAAAUUUCUUCGUCUGCGACUCCUCUUGGAGCUCAGCAAACGCUAAUCCAGGCGGACAAGCUGCCGGCUGCUGUGCAUCCACAAGUCCCAUCCGCACGGGCUUCUUUAGCGGCAGUUUCUGAGGGGCCACCGUUGUUUGCUACUGGGUUGAAGCGCAAACAGCUCGAAGAUGGCGAAUUUACUACGAGCAAUUGA